GUGAAAAAAAAACAAAAACCAAAAGCAUCAAAUAAAACUUGAAAGAGCAAGAAAUUUUAUUAAAGUAUAAUUUACAAGAACUCAUUAGGGACGCCCCUUCGUAAAAAACAACAAAAUACAUUAUAACAAAAGCAUCAAAAUAACAGCAAGUGGUAAACAAGUGCUUGACAAAAACAAAUUCACUAACAAUAUGGUCGUUGAAGAAACAAAAAUACAAACAUAUCAAGAAGAAAGCAUGACUUUGAAAAGCAUGGCUAUCAAUGAAAUGGAUUACUCAAGAAUUGGACGUACCGUUAGGACGGCAUUGGUUAAAGCCCAGAGCGAGUCUCGUCUUAUCGUAGGCCUUAGUGCGGCUGUUACGGUGCUAUCUAAAGCAGCGGAAGGUACACUUUUCUGUUUGCUAGCUGAACCUCAAGAUGGUGACUCAGCGACUCAUAUGCAUGAAGUAUUACUGGAAGCUUUCUGUUAUGAAAAUGACAUUUACGUUAUCAAAGUUGAUUGCCCGAUUAAGCUGAGUCGUAUUUUGGGCAAAACUUCUAUCGAAUCUUGUUGUCUUAUACAAAAAACCUGGACCGGUGAUAAUAACAAUGAGGAACUGCUUAAUAAACCGGAAACUCUGUUAGUUGAUUAUUGUGAAGCUUUCUGGGAUGCACCAACAUCUACGGUUAUAAAGUUACCGAAUGUGUGAUGCGACGACGUGUCGGUGAACUUUUAAUGUGCAUGGAAAUAACACCCCUCGAUUACGGUAAUGGGGGGAGGAAUAUAUUUCUUUAGAAAAACACAAACAUACGAACAUAAAUAGAAUCCCGGCUGAACGCUGAAAACGUUUGGAGAUUUAUAUAAUGCUAUUGUGAUAUAAAUGCAUGAACCGAUGUUUAAGUGUUUAACGCAAUUUAUUUAAUUCUAAAAAACAACAACAACAACAACGACAACAACAACAAUUUUUUUUUGGAGAUCUGAUGAUACAUAGGCAAGGUUAACGGUACAUUAUAUCUCUAUAGGAGAAUGGGAAACAAUCUACAAUGAAAUAAAUAAAUAAACAAUUAAUUCUAUUGUUAUAAUUAAUUAAACUUAUAUAUUUUGUAAAUGUGUUGUAGAAUUCAAUUUAUUCAUAAAGUAUUCUAAAGAGACAUAAUUAAAUGGUUAAGAAUCUAAAUAUGUUAAGCCUAACAGAAUUUAGAGGUUACAACCAGUGCGAGAGAGAGUUGAUCAACUUGAAUCAAUUAAAAUAAAAUGAAAAAAAAACCCAUUUCUUGUAAACUAUAAAAAAAUAGUUUUGACUUUUUUUUAUUUUUUUUUAUAUAGAGAAGGCGUUUAGGUAAAACGCGUAAUCAUUUUUUUUUUUUUUUAUUUUUCCUGUAAAUUAUGAUUGUUUGCGUUAAAGUCACUAUUAAAAGGAACAGUUUUGUUGUUAAUAAAAAAAAUUUUAUUAAAAAAUUACAUUUUAUAUUUUUUGUUAUUUAUGAUUAAUAUGCAAAUUUGUUGUUAUGCUAGC